GUUGUUGUCGUUGUCGUUGUCUUUCUUUCUUUCUUUCAACAAUGGUAUCAACAAGGUAUCAGCAGAGACAAGAAAAGAGUAAAAACAAAGAAGAAGAAUCCAUGUUGGUAGAGGAUCCUCCUUUACUGACAAUAUCACGUUCAAAGGAUUCCUUGGAAGAACAAAAUGAAGUUGCUGUUAGAUUAGACGCCUUUUUAGAACAAUUAGACGAGUAAUGAAUAGAUCUAUUUGAGAAUUACUGUUUUUUGUUUUGUUCAAACUUUUGAUUAGUUAUGAAUGUUCUACUUUGGAUGCUCUUGUUGCUCGUUGGCCGUCAUUAUAUAAACGUCUGAAAGGCAUGAAACCUCAUUUACCUCCUAAAAAGGAUGAUACACGCCCUACCUUAGUUCUUGACUUGGAUGAAACGUUACUACAUACCUAUCGAGGCGAAGUCGUUUCAAAACAAGUGGACUAUGUUAUUUAUGCACAGGACGGACAUAGUUGCUUACUUGCAGGGACCUUAAGACCAGGCGUACUUGAUUUCUUAAACUGGGCUGCAAGUUAUUUUGAAGUGGUCGUUUGGACUGCAGGAACUGAAGAUUAUGCAGCCAUGGCUCGUAGUUGUCUUGAUCCUGAAAACAAGCUUAUUACACACAUGUUAACUAGGAAGUCAUGUAUUCGAAUGAGAUCAGCAUCAACAAAGGAGGUGCUCUAUAUCAAAGAUCUUUGUGCUCUCGGUCGUGACUUGUCUAAAACCUUCCUCAUAGACAACACACCUCAUGCUGCAACUUUAAACUUGAGCAAUUUGAUUCCAAUCGAGUCAUUUGUAGGCAACAGGUCAGAUACUGAAUUAAUAGAGUUGAAGAAAUUUCUGGAAGCAAAUCUCGUUCGAUUGAUAGAUAAAAAGCAUGACAUGAGAAUUAUCUUACAUCGACAGUUUAACUUGAAGCGAAGAAUACGUGAACGUAUUACUCAUUGGAGACGAGAACAGCAAUCAAGACAACAAUAAUCAUAUAAAAUCUUUGUAAAUAUAUCCAUUCAUUAUGCACAUAAAUAAAUAAUAGAGUAUACAUCGCUUUACUAGUCAAAGAUGCUACGUUUCAACAUUAACAAAAAUGCUUACAUGCUUUAAUGAUUGGCCUUG